GCGCCUAUCUCAAAAUGUUAGUAUGACUGAUGUCUUCUCGUAAGAGAUCCUCCUACAGAAGGAAAGCAUCUGUUUUAGCUGGGCUGGAAGCCCUUAAUUCCUUUAAGGUUCCGAAAAAGCAGAGUAAUUUAUCACUUCUUCAAAAUGUUGACUUAAAUUCUGUGGAUUAUUCCGAAGAAAUCUAUCCUCAAAUUAAUCAGAGUUUUCGUUUUCCUCAACUUUCAUCUUAUUUUGAUGUUGAAAAAGCUUGGUUUAUUCAUAAUAAAACAUUAGAAGAUUUAUUUUCUCAAGCUCGUAAAAGAUUUCAAAAAAAUCCUAUCAACAAUAUUGUUACAGGCGUAGAAUCAAGUUUAUGUACUGGUUUUUUAGUGGUUAAUAAUUGGAAUGAUGUUGAAAAAAUCGCUAGUGAUGGUCUUAUUCCUGGUAAUGAUCCAGACACUUGGCUUGGUCAACAAAAGUUAGGUCUAUCAGUAAAUCAGUGUGCAGAUUUAACAAUCGCUCGAGAGCAAAGUCGUUUGUCGGGUAAAAAUAGUAAUCAAUUUCUUUACUUAAUUAUGGUUCGUUGGAUCAAAUCUCGAGCAUAUAUUGUAUCUCCAGAAGCUGAGAAUAGCAAAGAUCGUUUAGAACCUCAACCCGGCUAUGCUUGCCAUGUUUCCACCUGGUCUCGUAUGGACUUAUUAGAUCCAAGUAAAUUAACUUUGGAACAAGCAUUUCAUUUAUCUCAAGUGUAUUUAUACGAAUUUGAUGAAGAUUUAGAAUUACGCACAAAGCUAGAACAUGUGAUUCCCUAUGCUGUUUUAAAAUGUCGUUGGAUGUUGACUUCCAAUAUAGCUUCAAAACUCGAUACAAUCUCUGUAGCUAGUGGUUCCAUUUUGAUUAUUUCACCACAACCAGAUAUCUCAUAUCUUUUGUCUGUAUCACGUACAGCUCUACUGCCAACCCCGCAAAUCCCUCGUAUUCAUAAGAAGUCUUCUCGUGCUCAAUUACACAAACCUGUCAUGUUGAAUUUUGAUAAUAAAUCAAAAUCCAAAAUUGCUCAUUCUAAUGUGUCAGGAUGUAAAAAUCGUUACAGAUAUAAAGCACCUGCACUUCUACCUAGUCCUACUUCACUCAGUAAUAAUAAUAGUGUACUUCAAAGUCCUCCUAUAAAUACUACUAUGUCUCCUGUUGGUUCUGUUACCACUGUCGGAUCAGAUAAUAAUUCAGAUCAAUUAUCAUCUCCAGUACAAAGAUCAAAGCGGCAAGAUUCUGGUGUUUUAAAUAUUUAUAUUGCAAAUGCACGAAGAUUACAGGCAAAUUGUAAUUUGUUUCAAUUUUCUGAAUGCAUUAAAUCUAUUGAUAAUAACACAGUGACUGAUAUAAGUAGUACUUGUAGUGGUGGAGCAAUAAAUUAUGAUAAUCGUAAUCAUAAUAAUGCAAUUGUUGAUGAAUUACCUUCAACUGUUAUUGGAGUUUCAUUACUUGUAUGGGGUUAUCCAAAACCGGAAUAUUCACUGGCAGUAGAAAUAUCAACUUUUCGUAAAGGUGAAAUAACUGUAUUCGAUGGCAUACUUCAACCAUGCCUACAUAUACAACGACUAGUUGCUCAUACAUCUUUACACUAUGAACUUGCUGGUUUACAACCUUGGACAACGAAACCGUUCGAUUUGAAUGGACCUCCAGUCUUAGUCUCUGUCCCACGUGAUCAAGAAUGGUGCCUUCCUCGUUUGAAUCCUGUUAAAGCAUCAUCACUACAAUCGGACCCAAGUCCAUUUGGUGGUUAUCGAGGUAAUUAUUUCCGUCUAACAUUGCACGAUGAAUCUGGUGGACGUCGGACAGAAAUGGCACAAUUAUGUCAAGCCUUACAGAAUAGUGCAAUGGCUGGUGUUGUCUUUAUGCCUUGUGAUGAAUCUAGUAUCAUGUUUUUAUUCCCUGAAUGUCAAUUUUCCAAGUCAAUAGGCAUACCUAUUGUUGAUAAUUUGGAUAGGAAUUUUUUACAUGCAAUAUUACUUACACCUCAUAGUUUACAUCGAUAUCCAUAUAAUGAAAUGUGUUGUUGUCAAUCAAACAAUGAUGUUGUCACCCCAACUUCAAAUGUAUCACCAUUUGCAGUGGCUUCUGCUUUACCGAUGGGAACAUCUACAGACAAAUUGUUUGGACAACGGAAAACAACAUCCAUAUGUACCUCUUCUAUGCAAUUGAAACUUCCAUUAAGUCGUAUUCUCACAACAUUAACUGAUGGUGGUCGAAAUCUUCUUGGUUCAGCUUUAAUAUCAGUAUUAGCUCAUCAAAAUAUUGUGAAUGAUAAUAAUAAUAAUAAUAAUAAUAAUAAUAAUAAUAAUAAUAAUAAUAAUACAGAAAUCACGAACACAAGAAUAUUAUCAAAUGAUAAUGAUCGUAAAUUACAGCAUAAUCCACAUUUAGAUCCACGACUUCAUCGUCGUCAAAUUUAUCCAUCAGAUGAACCGGAUUUGUAUGCUCUUGCUACUGCGUUAAUCUCAUCAACAUAUCAAAGGAAAACUGAAAAACCAACGGAGGAACAAUCACAGUUAGAAGAACAAAAAAAUAAAAUUCAAGAAAGUGCUACUGCUAUUAAUGAAACUUAUGUGGAAAGUUGUGAUCCUAAAGAUCUAAUUCCUGCACCAUCUAGUCCAGAAGUUGGAUCUGAAUAUCAUUCGGUUUCAAUAAUGGAUGCACAGAUUAUACCAAAAGAGAUUCCGCUUGAUGGGCAGACUUCUAAUCCGACUACAGUUGUAAUGAAUCCAAUUAUAGCGUCUAGUCCAUCAAAUUUCGAUUUAUGUCAUAAUUCACCAGUAAUGCAUCAGAAUACAUCUGUUGACAUGGAAAUUGAUAAUACUGAUCCAUGUGAUCAGUCAUCUCGUUUAGAUAAAAGUGAUAUGGAAAUUGAUCAUCCCUUUGGUCAACUUGCGAACACCAGUCCGUUAACUCUAAAGUUUCAUGAACCUGCUCCGAGUCCACCGAAAACUACAAACUGGAGUUGUCCGUCACAGCUAUCAAUAUUAGUAAGUGAUUUUAGAAGAGCAUCGUCACCUAACUACCGGCGAUCUACACCACCAUCCAAUGAUUCACAUAAUUCUUCUACACAUCGGUCAACUAAAUCUAGUGUUAAACGCCUUCGUAGGUUGUCUGCAUAUGCAGACAGUAAAUAUAAUCAUAAAUAUAAUGAUUAUGAUCAUGAUACGAAUCGCCGAUCUCGUAGUCCUAGUUAUCAUAGAUCAAAAUCGAAUUCAUCAUUUCGUGGGUGCCAUAGGUCGUCACCUAUUUCAAAGUAUAGUUCUAAUGAAAGGCCUAAAUCUAGUUAUUCAAAUCACCAUCGUCGUUCAUCUGGUCACUCUCGGUCAAGAAACGCUAGGGAUAGAGGACGGCGCACACAUCGUCGUCGAAUAUAUGAUGAGGAGUCUCCGUACAGGUACUCUCCCCGUCGGCAUCGAAGGAGUCCAUCAUAUAGUGACUCAGAUUAUUACCAUAGUCGUCAUUAUCGUUCAUAUUCUAAUGAUUCUUCAGUCACUGGAACAGAUUCUAAUUCAGUCACGUCCAUCAAAGGUCGAAGCGAUUAUCACCAUUCAAAUAUAAAAAAGAUAAGAGAGCGACUUCCAUCUAAAUCACAGCAAUCAGAACGGAAUUCGCACCAAGCAGCUCAGUAUAGAAAAAAUAAUUCUGUCAAAAUAAAGUCGGGACAUUCCAAAGAAAAUAUUGAUCAGUGUCAAAGCUACAGCAGUAUUGACAAUGAGAAUAAUAGUGACAAGGUUAUUAUUAGUACUAGUAAUAAAAACGAUAAUGAUAAUAAUAAGCGAACAAGUUUGAAUAGUAGUGAUAAAAAAAGCCAGGAUUCGAUUGACAACACUAGUCAAUAUAAGAAUCUCAAUAUUAAUGAUGAUAACAAUAAUAAUAUACCUGUUGUUUGUAACACAAGCAUCGAUCCAAUCACCUCAAAGGAUUUACCAUCAAUAAAUUUUAACAAACCUGUUGUUGAUGAAAACGAAGAAGGUGAAGUACUAGAUGACGAUGAUGAUGGAGAUGACUGUGACAAUGUCAAUGAAGAAAUGAUGCAAAGUAAACACCAUAUUAACAUCAGUACUCGUCGUAAGUCUGAAAAUUGGCAAAUAGUACACUCAUCUCGAGAUAGAGAACAUCUUAAAACACGGAAUAAAGCGACCACUAGUCAUAGUUCAAGUACCCCACGUAAGAAUAGUGAUGAAAAAGAAGAGCAGGAAGAAGACGAAGAUUCAUCAGUUGAUCCAAGUUCAUUUCAGCGCUUACAAGUUGGCUAUAUUUUGAAUCACUUAGCUAAACACGGGAAUGUAGAACCCGAACCUAAUAUUGAUGCUGAUCGGCAAGCAAUCAUCUCAAUCGAUAGUUCACAAAGUGUUUCUCGUGGUGACGAUGAGUAUAAACUGAUAGACGAGACAUUCAAUUCUACAGAAUUGUCAGAUUAUUCUAUUCAAGAGAGUGAUCUGUCUUUAGAGGAUGAAGAUAUGCGACAAUCUGAUCACCGAUCCGUUAAACAUUAUGGUAAUUUCUAUCCAUCUAAUGUGUAUCGUCAUAUGCUACGUACGCGUCGUAUACAAAGAAAAAAGAAUGAUGAUUCAUUCUCGGAUCGUGACGAUGAAAUUUUCAAUGGUCACAAAGAGGACACUGAUUAUCGACGACCUCCAACAAACUGGUCUAGUGAGCGUCAUCAUCGUCGUCCUUCCCUACUAGGCACUUAUGUAGAUUCAUCCACAUCCAGUGGUUCUGAAUCUCAGCCUCGAUAUUCAUUUUAUCGACCAAGAGGAUCAAAUUCUAAUUUUCCCAAGACCAGUAGUAAAGGAGCAUAUUCUCCACGUUCUUCGUCAUUGUUACCUGAUGAUGAUAUCAAUAGACAUAAUCUACCACGUUUUCAAGAUGUAUCAUCUUCAUCGAAUACUUUUCAUCAAUCUACUUCAGAGUAUCGUCCUGAGAUUGCUCCACAUUAUCGUAAUAAACCCAGAGAUCAACCUUUACUUGGCCCACCUUGUAUACCUAUUAUCCCAUGUAUAAAUCCUGCCAUCUCUCAUACCCCUAAUCCCGGUCUACUUCCCAUGACUGUUAGAUAUCCUCCUCCCCAACUUACUUCAACUGUUCCACCUACACAUUUAUGGUCUUCAAUGCAUCCAUUCUAUUCUCAAACUGUGAAUAUUUACAAUCAACCUUCAAAACCUUGGCAAUGAUUAUAUUGUUUUGGUUUGUAUUUUAAAAAGAUAAAACUAGUCAAGUUUUUGAGUUCCUCUGUUGUUAUUAUUGUGUUUUUUUUUUUAAAACUUGUU